GUUGCACACAGUGGUUGUGCUGUUUCUCGUGUGUGCUUUGGAAAGACGGUACCAUUCGCGGGAGUCGGAACAUUGGCCACCGCUGUUGCAGAAACGCGUGCUCCUUGUUCCUGAAGUUGGCGCGGGCGGGUGGAAUCGCUCGCUCUCACGUGUCAUUUCGGUGAAGAGAGGAUUUAAUAGUGCGAUUCAAUUGCUCUCAUCGUCGUCGUCGCCGUCGUUUGGCAAUUGUGUGUUUUCUUCGUGAUUGUGGUGGUAGUCAUUGCUGGUUGAUUACAAAUGCCGAUUGUCACGGUUCAGUGAAUUACGUUUAGGCACUACGACGGUCGCGGUUGUGCCUUUCUUGUGCUUUGUUGAAGAAAUUGGUUUGAGUGUUGAAGAAUUUGAGUCCAACGAAAGUGUAAACAAUUAUCAUCGUUUAUCAAAGUCAAACAGUUCAGUGAUGCGAAAAGAUUAACCCGAAACAGAGACUGGAUGUUUUCCGAGAUGAAAUAAGCAAAAUUGCGUGGUUUUAUUGUGAUAUUCUAGCGAGUGUGAUCUCGUGGGGGGAAGGAAGAACGCGUGCAGCAGCAACGAGGCAGGCACAUGCCAAGAGAGUUCGGAGUGAGAGAGGAAGCUCAUCUGCGAGCCGGUACAGCGUGAGUGAGCAGAAGUUUUGCUCCUUGCUGGUCGAUGACAGGAGCGAAGCAGGCACUGCAAAUAAAUAGGCAAAUCUCGUGUGUGGGGGAAUUUUGUGUGCGGUGUGUGACCCAGCCUUCCUACAGCCUGGCUUUCAGGCCUUUUGCAGAGGAAAAAGAUAAACCGAAUUGGUUCGGACGGAACGCGUUCAGUGAAGUUUUUGUGACGUAUUUAUUUGUGGAAAAGCUGUGCAUUUGGUUUAUGGUGAAUCUGUGGGCUUAUCGGUGUACCGUCGCAGGUGACAAGAAGUAGGCUCCAGUAGAAUUGUCAGCCACUCUGACCAGGAAAGAAAAGGUAGAUUCGUAACUUUUUCAUCGGUUUUGUGUCCUUCUCGCUCAGUGUGCUGUGUCCUUAAAGGAAUUCAAGUUCCGAGGUUGGUAAAGAAUUAUUGAUCUGGCCUGACCCGCCUGUCGAGGACAGUCAGUGAAAGAUUGUCGUGUGUUCGUUCGUAAAAUAAUAAAAAAAGUGCAAAGGUUCGUGUGUUCUCCUCGUCGAAGCAGCAAACCGUUUUUCAGAUUAUCGAUCUCGAAAGGACCUGACAUCUAUCCAUAUGGAUUAGAGAGAGGCCGUUGUUUCACGUGGAUUUGCGAGGAAAUAAAUGUCGCGCCCGGCAGCCCAACACCCGAGGGAGUGACAAGCAAUGACCGAUGAAAGCCCUCCCCGUCGCCUGUCGCAAAUCUUUGACCCUCUGACGAGUUUGAGUGAUCUCGAGCAGAUCCAGCAGCAAAUCCAACAGCACCAGCAGCAUCUCCAGCAACAGGCACACUUCAAAUAUGCACAGGGCGCUCCGUCGAAUUCAUCCUCCCCAUCAUCGACGCUGCUUCAGCUGCAGCAACACCAACAACAACAGCAGCAGCAGCAGCAGCGUCAGUCCGGAGGUGGUUACAGUUAUAAUACGGCCUCCUCAUCGACAUCGCUUUCAUCGGCCUCGAAUAAAAGUGCCAAGCUAAGUUCUAGCAGUUCGACCAGCAGCUACGUAGGGGGACCUCCGCCGGGUCUAAGCCGGAUAGUGAUGGGUUCACGAUCGACACCCAACAGUCCCCGGUUGGCGGCUAGGCGUGGAACCGGACCGAGCAAUCGACCACCGAUGGUUCCCCCACGGGCGCAGCCGAACGCAGCCAUCAUCGCGAACCCCUCGCUGGCUGCUCUCGAUUCCGAUGCACCGUGGCCGGCUUUCGGCAGCCUUACCGACAAUUUGGACGUACAUCAGGUGAAUAACUAUCACCAGGGGCUUCCGGAGAUCAAUUGGCAGGAACGCUGUCUGGAGCUGCAGCUGGAGUUGCACCGUUCGAGGAACCAAGCCGGUCGGGUGCGGGAUAUGCUGCGAGAAAAGCUCUCCGAGCUCGAGCAGAGGGUCAUCGAAGCCGAGGAACGGGCCGAGGAAGCGGAGGAUAAGGUCCGGGCCAUGGAGCAGCGACUGUGCGACUGGCCCAAGUCUCAGAGUGUAACUGGGCCAGCCGGAAGCAGUAGCAGCGGAGCACCGACCAGCAACGCCAAAGCGUCCGGAAGCACCUCCACGGACCCGGUCAAAAUCUCCCAGCUGGAGACGGCCGUUGAAGAGCAGAAACAGUUACGCCUGCAGGACGCCCGCCAGGUUGGCGCAAAAGCGGCCAAAAUCAAGGAGUGGGUUACGAACAAACUGCGGGAACUGGAAGAGCAGAACCAGCUGCUGCGAGAGCAGAACAUCAAGUGCAAUCAACAGUUAGAGCUACUAAGAAACCACAUCGCCACCCAAAGUAGUAGACAUAGUAUACAGCAACCAGUUAGAUCUAGUUUAAGCUUAGACGUACAGGACUUUAAGCGUCGCAGUGGUCGUCGGAGAAGUGAAUCGCUGGAUCCACCCGAGCACCGAUCCCUGCUGACGUCCUCCUCGGUGCAUCACCACCGACGGAAUCUAUCUAUGGAACCUCAGGAACUAGCUAGAGACUUGGCAGCCGCCGUCGACGGUCUGCAUCUGAUCCCUCUGAAUCCCGGCCAGCAGCCGAGUCCCAAUUCGGACAUGGAUGCUGCCCAUGACUACGCGGAGAUCUACACGCCAUCGAGGGAAAAAGCACCCACCUGGCUGAAGGCUCUCCCCAGUGGGGGUUCCAGUACGACCACUUCGGACUCUGUGGCAGAACUAGGUACCGCCCGGCCACCAACACCCCCGCUUCACCGGUUUCCCAGCUGGGAAGCGAAAAUCUAUCAGGUUGCCAACGACGGCCUGGCCGGAGAUGAAAACGAAUCUCAAGACCAAGAGUCCGGAUCCGGGAUGACGUCCAGCGUCGGUAUGAAUUCCCGAUCGCAAACCGUUUCUGGUGGAUACUGUGAUAUUAGUGUACCGGUUUACGCCACCGUUAAAGGGCGUGCUUCCCAGAUCCGGUCGAUGCCGUUCACCGGGGACUCCAGUGACGACAGCAGCGACGGAGAGGAACAUGGUGCCAUCAUGACUUGUGCCACGUCUACCCACAAUUCGCACAACUCUACCAGCACGGACAAUACCGAAACGAGCACCUCGGGCAGUGCAUCUAGUCCUUCAAAAAGCCUCAAAACCUCCUCUAGUCUGAGCCCGGCCAAACGCAGCGGGUCCGAAAGUCCAAAGAACAAAACCCGAGUAAAUUCAGAAAUGUCCUUUGAAUCAGGGCUGUCCGAUGACUACGCGAUACCCCCGGAUGCGGUGUCAGCGGUGGACACUUCCUGCAUGGACGCCUCCAUGCCGUCGCUCCUGAUGCGCACCUCCUACGCGGAUUCGCCAAAAAAGAUGGAAACACUGGAGAAGAUCGGUCACCUGGCCAAACUGGGUGGAAAGCUGAAGACGUGGCGCAAGCGAUGGUUUGUGCUGAAAAACGGACAGCUUACCUACUGGAAGAGUCAGCACGACGUGAACCGGAAGCCUCAGGGUACGAUCGCACUGGACGAAGCAUGUCGGAUAAAUCGGGCCGAAGGAGCGUCCACGUUCGAGAUCGAUACCGGGAAGAAGGUGUACUAUCUGACGGCCGACUCGAACGCCACCAUGGACGACUGGAUUCGGGUGUUGCAAAAUGUGCAGCGCCGAAAUGCUACCAAAUUAUUGCUGAGCAGAGACGAUCAGAAGCCAACAGUGCAGGGCUGGGUUACCAAAGUGAAGAACGGCCACGCGAAGAAGUGCUGGUGCGUGCUGCUGGGCAAAAUGUUCCUUUACUUUAAAGCUCCCGGAGAGACGCAGAAUCCACUGGGACAGAUCAACAUGCGGGACGCUCGCGUGGAGGAGGUGGAACAUGUAUCCGACUCGGAUUCGGAGGAAAGGGAAGAUGCUGCCCAAAGCCAAGCACGACUGACGGUGGCCAUCUAUCCACAGCAUCAGGGAGUGGGUCCUACCUACCUCAUCCUGCCAGGCAAACAAGAGCGCGACAACUGGUUGUACCAUCUGACGGUGGUCUCCGGUGGUGGUCCCAACGCUGGAACGCAGUAUGAGCAGCUCAUUCAAAAGCUGAUGGAAACUGAUGGCGAUCCCAAUUGCGUCCUAUGGAGACACCCGAUUCUACUGCACACCAAGGACAACAUAACAUCACCGCUGACUUCGUUACAUUCCGAAACACUUCAAGUGGAAGCCAUAAAAUUAUUCAAGAGCUGUCAGCUGUUCCUGUCGGUGGCGGUCAACCAGCCCGGUAUCGACUACCACGUGGUUUUGGCGCAGAAUGCCCUCCAGCAGUGUCUGGACAUGCCGGAACUGCAGUCCGAGCUGAUCUGCACCCUGGUCAAGCAAACGUCCCGCCAUACCGGCCAGAAACUGGGUGUUGGUGUCCAGGUAAACAAGAAACUGGGCAUACCGGCUCGUCAAUUGCUGCUAUGCGCAACCCAGAGUUUGUUCACUUGCGAUACGCAACAAGGCAAUACAACUCAAGCGAAUGGGAGCUCACCAACUUCCAUUCAGGCUCCUUCGGCUGUCCCGAUCAUCGAUUGCAAGUCAAAUCCUCCAGCCUACACAUUUAUCCAGGGCUGGCAACUUCUGUCCCUAGCCGUGUCUCUGUUCGUGCCAAAGAACAGUCGCCUGCUGUGGUAUCUCAAGUUGCACCUGUCACGUAAUGCGGACUCGAAGACCGAAUGCGGCAAGUACGCGGCCUACUGCGAGCGGGCGUUGGAGCGCACCAUGCAGAAUGGCGAUCGCGAGACGAAACCUUCCCGGAUGGAGGUGCUGUCGAUUCUGCUGAAGAAUCCUUACCACCAUUCGUUGCCACACGCCAUUCCAGUGCACAUGAUGAACGGCACCUACCAGGUGGUGUCCUUCGAUGGUUCAUCGACGAUCGAGGAAUUCCACACGACGCUAGCCCAGGAGAUCGGAUGCCGCGACGGCACGAAUGGCUUCACUCUGUUUAGUGACGAUCCGAUCGAGAAGGAUCUCGAACACUAUCUGGACCCGCAGGCUAAGCUCUGCGAUGUCAUUUCCAAAUGGGAAACUGCACUGCGUGAAAAGGGGUCCGGCAAGUUUGAGAACUCUCGUGUCAUUCAACUAACCUAUAAAAACCGUCUAUACUGGAAGCAUGCAGCCAAGCUGGAGACAGAAAAAGAACGGCUGCUGCUGUGCUAUCAAAUUAACCAACAAGUGGUGCAGGGUCGCUUUCCGUUGUCCCGCGAGUUAGCCCUGGAACUGUCUUCACUAAUGGCCCAAAUAGACUUGGGAGACUACGCAGCGGAUAAAUCAAAGACAAAUUCACUGCAAGCGUUGGACAAGUUUUAUCCGUACCGCUACAGGGACGCUUUGACGCCGGAUGGUCUAAAAGAACUGCAAGAGCUACUGGCAAGCAAAUGGUCACUACUGAAGGGACGCUCCGUCGUGGACUGCGUACGGAUUUAUUUGACCUGCGCCCGCAAGUGGCCCUUCUUCGGUGCGGCUCUAUUCCAAGCUAAACCCCGACAUUCCGAUCAAGCGAUGGCCUGGCUGGCUGUAUCCGAGGAUGCCCUCAGCGUGCUGGAGCUGUCUUCGAUGGCAUCGAUCGCUCGCUAUCCGUACAGUUCAGUGAUGACCUUCGGUGGCUGCCAGGAUGAUUUCAUGCUGGUGGUUAGUGCGGAGGACACUCUGGCUGGUAGUCCGGAGCAGAAGCUAUUGUUUGCGAUGAGCAAGCCGAAGAUACUGGAAAUAACGUUGCUGAUCGCGGACUAUAUGAACGCACUUGGUCAUACGCUUCCCGGGACGCCACAGAUGAACACACUGACGCGGAACGGAAGCCAUCGGAGCAUUAGCAGAUCCCGCGUUCAUCCGAGCUCGGCCACCGGAACGCCGGCCCACAACACGCUAAACUCGUCACACGCCAACACGACGCAUGCCCACAACACGCUCACGUCCCACUCGCAUACGCUCAACUCGCACGUUAGCCACACGCUCAGCUCACACGGCCAGCCGGACAUCCUGAAGAGCACACCGGACCACCAGAGGCGCUAAGAGCACGCACGCACAGCCGCACGCAGGAGCCGUCCGUGUUUUGAUCGGGGAUCUUCUUGAGUCGCUACGAAUUUUAGCCGAAUGAUUUUUUUUUUUUGUUUUUCGUACAAUUUUCAGAGUGGAAACACGAUAUUAAGUUUUUAUGGCCAUGGACAAAAUUUUAGUUUGUAUCGGUAUGCGACCUUCGCAGCAAAAAGAUCGCUUUAUGACUAUCAUUGUAGGCAUAUACUGAUUUGAGAUAUUAGGGCUAGGUUAUGCUAAUUUUAAAUUGACGAUUAAGUUAAGUACAUACAACUCCAACAAUGAUUUUUGUUUGUUUGAUUGAUUGAUUGUUUGUUUGCUCUUCAGGCGUUUUAUUGUUGUAAAUAUCCUUUCCAAUGAUCGUAACCAAAAUGAGUCAAAGUCAAUCUCCGUACUUUAAAGUGUAAAAAAAUAACAUGUGCAGCAUUUUUUUAUAACUUUUCAUUCGUUAGAGUGUAACGAUUUCCGUUUGAAGUUUAAAUACCCAAUUAGUUUGUAGAAGCUCUAACCAAAACUAACAAAUCUAGAUCUGUCAGAUAGCGAGCGUAGCGAGAUAUAGAUCUAGAACUUCUAAGUAGAAUAUCACACCUAAGUUAAGCCAUUUCGGAAAUCUAGGAUACAAACCAAAAUCAGAUAGCGACAAGUGAGGUGGACAAUUCCAGCUCGGCAAGCAGACAUAAACGGUAAACUAUUGUGAUUUUAACGCAAUCUGUAAUAGAAACGGAGACACACAACAAUAAUAAGCAGAAACAUGGAAAACUAACAGGUAAAAGCUAUACUACCAAACCGAAUAGGGAUGCGCUCUAGACAAUAGGAUAGGUCAAAUAUCUAUAGCCAACUGAAACAACAGAAAACGGAACAGCAACUAUUAGCAACUACUGUUAAGUCGGAUCGACUCGAGCAUGAAAAAAAUUAACAAACGAAAACAUAACGAUCAGCAGUAAUAUUUAGAAGAAAAAAAACAAAAAGUAUAACCAAGUUCUUUUUCUAACAAGAAAACUUACAAAUGUAACCGAAAUAGUGAAAGAAAACUAGAAACCUGCUUCUCUAGCUGAGAUAGUGAAGCCAUGCGUUGCAGGCAUUCUCAUGUCCGUAUAAUCGCCUCUUACUACUAAAAUGUUGAAACUGUAUAAAGGAAAACGAAGAAAACCGACGUAAUAAAGAACGAUGUGAACAGUAAAAUGCUAAAUCAAGAUACGAAAGAAUGACACGAGAAUAAGAAAAAGGUAAUUGAUUGUUUAA